AUGGCCACGUUCAAGACACUUCCUACUCGUUCCCUCGGCCGAAAUGGACCUCUAGUCCCUAGAGUAGGACUGGGCCUUAUGGGCGCGAGUGGAAUCUAUGGCACUAUUACCCCCGAGAAUGCCAGAUUUGAGCUCUUGGACGAUGCCUACAACAGAGGCGAGCGAUUUUGGGAUACCUCGAGCUCGUACGGUGACUCCGAGGAAAUUCUCGGAAAGUGGUUUGCCGCCAACCCCGAAAAGCGCAAGGAUAUUUUCCUCGCGACGAAGUUCGGCAUUCGGCAUACGGAUACCUUUCCAGGAUUUACCGUGUCCUCCACGCCGGAAUAUUGUCGCGAGUCCAUUGAGUCUUCCCUGAGUCUUCUCGGACUAUCCUCCAUUGAUCUGUUUUACAUUCAUCGGCUUGAUAGGGUCACUCCUAUUGAGAAGACCAUGGAGGUUAUGGUUGAGUUGAAGAACGCUGGGAAGAUCAAGUAUAUUGGACUGAGCGAGUGUAGUGCUGAAUCGCUGCGACGCGCAUAUGCGGUUCAUCCCAUUACUUGUGUGCAGAUGGAGUACAGUCUCCUUUGCACUGAGGUUGAGUCGCCGGAGCGAAAGUUUCUGGAGACUGCACGGGAGCUGGGUGUGGCAGUUGUUUGCUACAGUCCGCUUGCAAAUGGGCUGUUGACUGGGGGUCUACGUUUGAUAGCGGAUGUCGACAGCCUAGGUAAUAGGCGUAGUGUUUUGCCGUGGCUCCAAGAGGCAGUCUUGGAGAAGAAUAUAGAGAUUCUCAAUCAGAUAAGUGAGAUUGCAAAGUUGAGGAACAUCACGACUGCGCAACUGGCCCUUGCUUGGUUACUUGCUCAGGGAGAUGAUAUUUUCCCUAUCCCAGGAUCUUCCAAGAUCCAGCGCCAUGAGGAAAAUCUGGGAAGUCUCUUUGUGGAUUUGUCGGAGGAAGAAGAGAAGGAGCUUCGUCAGUUGGGUGAGGAGGUUGUCGGCGGUCGCUUCCAGGAAACCACUGGGUACGCUUUUGCAGACACUCCUGCACUGGAGGAGUGA